UGUUCAACGGGCAUAUCCGCUCUAAAAUAUCGUGAAAAACGUGUUUUAAGUGUUUUAUUUAAAACUGUAUGCUAUAAAUGAGGUGAAUAAGCAUCCCAAAUUAUGUUAACAGUGUAAAUCUGGUAUACUAUUGUGUUUUAUUGUUGUUUUGAACAUGGAUCCUUUCACUCAGCGUAUGUUGGAGAGAGCACGGGCUAGACAAGAGAAAAUUGAUCAAAAAUUAAUCAAUUCUGGACAAACUGUUAAGAGAAAACCCUUGUCUGAGAACAUAUCUACGAUUAAAAACGAGAGUUCACCAGUCAAAUCCCCGAGCAGAAAAUCUAAAGAAUCAGUUCUAUCGCCUAAAAAGUCCAUAAAAGACUCAAUUGCAUCGCCAAAAAAGUCCUUGAAAGAGACAGUUCCUUCACCUAAAAAACCUUUGAAAGAGUCGACUGUGAAGUCUCCAAGAAGGAGUAUACAGAAGCCUGAUAAUGCUGUGUCUUCACCAGCUAAAGUUCGUAAUGAUUAUAUAGUGACUAAGAAAGAGUUUAGGAGCCCAAGGAGUAGUAAAGGAAGUAGUGGGAGGAGAAAUUCUGACGUGUCUGUGGAGAUCAACAUUAUGCAUAGAAAUGACAUUCAGAUUGAAGUGCAGGUUGAAGAGAGGGAUGCUCUGAUGGGAGUGGUGUACGACACAAACUCUGACAGUGGUAGCAGUGUCACUAUCAAAGAAAUUGAAGACGAGGCUCCUAGCAAGCAGUUGGGGCUGAAGCAGUCACAAGUGGAGCCCGAGGGCCGCACCGACCGCCACGCGCUCCGACACGACAUCAAGUCCAGGCUCGACCGGCUCGGGAACCUGUAUUCAGACAAGCCGAGCCUGUCGUCGCCCAUCCACCGCACGGAGGGCGAGUUCUCGGCCGGCACUCCGCCCCCGCCGCGCCCCGCGGAGCCCCGCGCCGGGCGCAAGUUCGGCCGCCUCGCCGCCCUCGCGGACCAGAUCAACAACUGGGAGGACGACCUGUCCCAUCAUGACUUUCAUCAUGAAUCAUCAAAGAAGCCCAGUAAUGAGUCCAAGAAGCAGUCCAAGGAGCAGCUAGACGCGUCCACCCUGGACGUGUCCAUACACUCCAUCAACGACAUCAACAAGGUUCUACAGUCCAGCACUGCCAAGGCUAAUCAGACAUCCAAAAAGGUCAAUACACACACAUUUACGAAACCGUCACACGACUACCAGCGGCUCGACAAGAAAAUAGUCGCCGAGCUGGAGCCGAAGCCGGCAUCGACAACCCCCAGUGCCGCUGCAGCCCCCAACAUGGCGACAAUGGUCGCUUCGCCACCCACUGUUACAAAAAAACCAUCAAUAAAGAAGUACAAAGCGCCGACACCGCCGCGCAGAGUGGACGAUGAAUGUGACAGUGACAAAGACAAAGAAAACAAUAUAGUGCCGAAAGAUGAUGAUAAUGUGGAUUGUAAACAAACAAAGCCGGCUGACGAGGCGCCGGCUUCCCCCGUAGUGAAGAGAGUUGCGCCAAAAUUAAAUGGAAAUGUGGACAGGAGCUCUGUACUGUCCAAGGCGGCGAUGUUCGAGGCCGGGAGCCCGAGGGCCAAGGAUCCGGCAGAAAUGUCCUUACGGGAGCGCAAGGCACUGUUUGAAAAAAAUAAGGGUGCAGCUAUUAUUCCCAAGGCGCCCUUCGGACUCGCUCCCUCCGUCAAAACGCUGCACGGGGAUAAUAAAGCGAAACAAGUGUCGAAACCUUCGACGCCCACUAAGCCAAGCGCGCCUAUCACCAGGGCCGACUCUAAAGACAAAGAAGAAGAUACAAUAAGCCAGUCCUCUCUAGGGGGAGGUAUUAAGGACAAGCUGGCAGCCCUACUCAAUAAGGAGCAGACGAUAAGUGAGGCUACCAUAGCCAACAAGUUCAGACAAGAGAGAGAGAAAGAAAUGGAAAUGCUGCAGAAUAGAUUUCAUGUUGUUCCAAAACCAGAGCCCCGGAAAGGCCCGUCUAAUGACCCUGAGCACUCCGAUGACGACCACAGCGACAAUGACCCAUCAGAGCAGGCCCCGCUCAUGGGCAGCACGACGAGCCUCGCCCAGGCUAACAGGAAACCGGAGAUCAUUGCCAACGUGCCCAAAGUUGUUGAGAAGGAGAAUAGGAACGCCCAGGAAGACAAAGUUGUUGGCACGCAACCUGUUAAGAGAAGAAGUUCCCAAGACUCGCCAGUAGUGUUGUCAGUACUAGAGGACGUGAAGAGGAUAAAAGUGACAAGCAAUAAGAAGGAUUUGAACGGCGCCAUACUCGCGCAGCCAAACAGCUUAUACCCACACUUGUCGGACAUAGAGACUGACACGUCACACACUCAAGAGGAGUACUCAGACUGUGGCGGUUCAAGUUUGGAGAACAUUCCGGACAAACUGAACAAGUCUGACAACUGGGCUGAGACGUCUUUCGGACGAGAGGUUAUGAAUGUGGUAAAAAAGAACACCCACAACACGAGCUACAAAAAGGCAGUGAGGGAGAGUGACUCGGAGGAGUCUGGCGGCUGCGACAGCGACCUGGACGCCUGCCUCGACGAGGCUCUGGACAGUGAGGGGCCCACGCCGCCUAAACUCAACAAGGCGGUGUCAUCCACAAGCUUCGUAUACAAGGAGCAGAAGAAGUUCAAGUCCCCGCUCAAACAGCUGGCGCCCGCGCCCCUCACCCCGGCCACUCCCACCGGCCGGGACAAGGGCAGCGAGCUGGUGCACAGCGUCAGCUUCUACAGGAGGAUGCAGAAUGCUUCAUCAACCCCAUCGACGCCGAUGCGUAUAAUCCGCCACCACUCCCCGGAGCGAGACAUCCCGCCCACGCCGGGCGAGCCCGCCAACAACGUGACCACGGUGCGGCAGCGCAUCAAGGAGCUGCAGCACGAGGUGGCCAAGCAGCAGCAAGUCAUAUCACAGGCGAGCCAAGCUCUGAAUCUAUGCGCUGCAACAGUUGAGUUCAGCGGCUCUACAGAACAAGCCGAAGGGGAAAGGUUGCUGUUACUGGCGACGCAUCGUCGUCAGGCGUGCCUGCACGAGAUCCAGCGGCUGCAAGUGGAGGGCGCGGGCCCGGCCGCCGCCGCCGGGAUGGCCUCCCUUCAUAUCACCAGCCUCAACGUGCCGCUCCGGAGGGACUACGUCAGACAACUCAACGCUGACGGCGCGCUGGGCCACCACGCGCUAUGCCUGCUGAAGUGCCGCGACCGCGUGCUGGCGUCCAGCAUGCAGCUGACCAGCCCCGCCGCCACGCUGCUGCACUUCCCCGACGAGAUACGCAUGGACGGACUCACAUCAGACUUCAAGGUGACAGUGGAAGUGUACCUGCUGCAAGCAUCGAAAGAAAACUUACCGCACGAUAUCAAAUAUCACAUUACCAACAAGAAGUCGAGUUCCAAACUGCUGACACCUAAAUCCAAGGUAUCAGAGCUGAAGACCCCGCGCGUGGUGUCCCCCGCGGGCCCGGGCGCCGUGCGCUCGCCGCAGUUCUCACUGCACGGCUACUGCAUCUUCGCGCUCUCACAGGCCAGCAGGAAGACCUUCACGCUCAGCAAGGUCCCCCACGGCAGCCCGCUGGAGGGCUCGGUGAACAUCGAGAUCAAGGCGCGGGUCCGCGUGCCGGCGCCCGAGCCGCACGCCGCCUUCCUCACCGCCUUCGACGACGUGAGCGGCCUGGGCGCCUGGCACCGCCGCUGGUUCCGCCUGCAGGCGCCGCGCCUCGCUUACUGGAAGUACCCCGAUGACGUCAGCAAGAAGAUGCCAAUUGGCGACAUCGACUUGACAACAGUCAUAUCGGAGAAAGUGAUCAAAGCGCCUAGAGACUUGUGCGCGCGUCCCAACACUCUCCUACUCGAGUCUUCAGUGCCGGCGGGGCUCAUAGUCCCGGACAGCGGGUCCCUGGUGUACGUGAGGAGGGCGGACGGGUCUGUGGUGCGGCGACACCUCUUGGCCGCAGACACGGCACAGGAUCGGGACGUCUGGCUGGACUGUCUGAACAGCGCGCUCGAGUAUGUUCGUUGCUCUACACCCGACGAUGAAUGAAGGAUGCACUUAGAUAAUGGUGCCUAUACUGUGGUUGACUUAACCUCAUUUUACUUUGGCAUCUCUUAAACUAAUACUGUCCUUCAUUUACAGUAAACGUAAGAAAGAGAUAGAGUAGUUUUAGUCCUGCCAAAUUAAGUUGAUUGUCCGAAUCGGCGCCAUUGUCUACGUAUUAUACUUUUAACGGCAUAUGCAUUCAAAUGGCUCUAUUAUCUUAUUGUUAAUAGUGAUAUCAGAGAGAACGAAGCUCUGAAGUGUACGUCUGAAGAAUGAAUGAAGGAAUGAUUCCCGAGAAUGUGAACUGUAGUACAAAGAUUGAAAAAAAAAAACAUGUUUAAAAAUCUAAAUUUGACAUAUACAUUACACACAGGCAUUAGUAGUCUGUUAUAUAUUGACUUGAAAAUGGGAAAUUUUAAUUUCAUAAUCUAAACUAUUUAAAAAGAAAUAUGCAAAUAACAUUGGGAAUUUUAUGGUAUUAUUAUUUUAAUUUGUCUUUUUUUAAAUACUUACACAAACAGUAAUUCCGAUGAUAUUUUGAGAUUUUACAAUCGUAACGAAAUUAAUGUUUAGUAGGUAUCUUAUUAAAACUAUAUAAAAACGCUGACUUGACAACCUUACUAAUUAGGUAAAUGUUUUAGUUAUACGACAAUACAUAUAGGAUAUGUUAUAAUUUAAUAUAAUUUUAUAAAAAAUGCUUGGCAGUGCCAUGACAAUUUUACCCAUAGAUAUAUCUUGCUAAACACAUUUCUGAUUUUUGUAUGAAAAUUACAUAUAUCUGAUGAAAUAAAUUCAAUGACUUCGGAUCACAAAAACUAAGUACAAGCUGCAAAGUGUCUUAAUUGUUGCUAAACUGCUGUAAUGUUAAAUUGUAACUAUUGCUUAGCUUAAAACUAAUAUAGUCAUUAGUUAUUAGGUACUAAUUCCUGUACACCGUCUAAUUUUAUUUUAACAUAUACCUGUCACCUUCUUACCCACCGUAGAGGAAAGGAACGGGUAAUUGAUGCGCUGAAACACACGACACCUUAAGUCAGAAAUCUUAACUAAAAAUUUUCACGGUGGCGUAUAACUCGACAGAAUUAAGUUGACGGAUUAUUAUUUCGUUCACUCAUUCAUUUUAAAAUUAACAGCUGUCAAUCAAAACAAGUUAUCCUCAAUCCCCAAUGUCCAACUACCCCCAAUCUCCCAAUAAGGAUCUAAUUGAAAUAUAGUCAUGAGCAUAUGUUAUAUAGUGAUGUCUUAUAUCAAUCAUCUCUCACUUUC